GCGGGCGGAAGUGACGUAGCGGAAGUGAAGCGGCGGCCGCCAUAGCAACGGCGGGAUGAAUGCUCCUCCGGCCUUCGAGUCCUUCCUGCUCUUCGAGGGCGAGAAAAAGAUCACCAUCAACAAGGACACCAAGGUGCCCAACGCCUGCUUGUUCACCAUCAACAAGGAGGACCACACGCUGGGGAACAUCAUCAAGUCGCAGUUGCUCAAAGACCCGCAGGUGCUGUUUGCAGGGUAUAAGGUCCCACACCCUCUGGAACAUAAAAUUAUCAUCCGUGUCCAAACCACGCCGGAUUACAGCCCCCAGGAGGCUUUCACCAAUGCCAUCACGGACCUGAUCAGUGAACUCUCCCUCCUGGAAGAGAGGUUCAGGGUUGCUAUUAAGGACAAACAAGAAGGAAUUGAAUAAAAUACUCCCUUUGGAGCAAGGCUGUUACUUCUGAGGCAGAAUGAUGUGUCUGUUAUUGGAUGAAAUAUUUAAACCUCCAUUCAUGGCAAAUAUUUUCCCCCUUGUCCCACUUCUGUUUAAUUUUUGACAGCAGCAAUAUUUUGAGUUUGGGGUUUGUUUCUUUUCAUAGUUGACAGGCACUUUGCCAAGAGAAUAAAUGUCACGUUGGAGUUGGUGGAUAAGUCAUUAAAGUGAUUUUUAGUUUUCUAAUUGGAGCCUUAAAGCAAAUAUUUGUCCUGGGCUGUUGGGGAGGUUGUUGUGGGUACAAUUCCAGCAUGAGAAGCUGCUCAGUGACAGCUCUAGAUGAACUCUCUGCUUUUCCUGCCAAAAACUCCAGGCACUGCCAGCUGAACUGGUAUUUUGUUUUAUUAACUGUCAUCUCUAUAAAACAAAUGCACAAAUUGUGAAAACUUACAGUAAAAGAAACCGGAUGUUUACAAUGAACUGAUGAGUUUAACAAA